AUGCUGGGUACGGGGGGGUGAUACUGGGUGCCCGGGGGGGUCGGUACUGGGUGCACCAGCGGGAAGGGGGCCGUGCCCGGUGCCGUGGCGGGGGGGGGGGAGCAGCCGCGGUGGGUGCGUGGGGGUCCCGCUGCCCGCGGGAGCCCUCGCCUCUGCGGCCCGGCAGGUCGGCGCGGAGGAGCAGCCGCCCCCGGCGCCGCGGGGGCCACAUGGCCGGCGAGUGGGGCCCGGCGCUGGGCAACGCGCUGCUGUGCGCCGUGAGCCUGCGCGCGGCCCUGCGCACCCGCCAGGUGAACUGCGGCUCGGCCGCCGGCUUCCUGCUGCAGGCGCUGGCGGCCGCCGAGGCGCUGGUGGCCCCACGUCCCCCCGCCACCGCCGCCGCCGCUGCCACCGCCACGCCGGGCGCCUGGGCCUGCGCCGUGCUGGCACCGCCGCUGCUGGCUUUCGGCUUCCACUGGCUCAACGGCGACCGCGCCACCGCCAACCUGCUGCUGGCCGCGGCCGUGGCGGCGGCGGCGGCCGGCGGGCGCCUGGCGGAGGAGGCGCGGGUGCUGGCGGCCCGCUCCGCCGCCGCCCUGGCCGCCGGCGGCCUGCUGGUGCUGGCGGCGCUGACGGGCAGCGGCGGCGGGGCGCUGGGCGGGCUGCUGCUGGGCGCCGGGGGGCUGCUGUGGGGGCUGCCCCCCGGCGCCCUGCCCCUCUGCCCGCCUGCCGUCGCCCGGCCCUGGCUGCUGGCGGCGGCCGGCUGGGCCUUGCAGCGGGCCCUCGGGGCGCAGCACCGCGCCUGGCGCUGAGCGGCACCGUGGGCCGCGUUUCGGCCGGCCUCGCUCGUCCCCGCGGCUUCCCGGUCCCCCCCCCCCCCCCCGGUGCGAGUGUGACGCCGCGGUUUGUUACGGGCAAUAAACGGCCGCCGGAGCAGCCCGGCGUGGGCGAGGGGCGCCGGGCACCCGGCCGGCCCAGCGGCACCGGU